AAGAACCUGAGCGAGGCCUGGGACACGUUCUGCUACAGGAUGAAGGGUGAGCGAGGAAGAGGAUAGUGAAGGUUCAUCGAUCAGUUGAUCAGUUGUGAUGUAUUGAUCGGCUGUGGUCUGUUUCAGAGGUGAAGUGUGAGUGUAAGACCGGCUACAUUGGUGACGGCUUCACCUGCACAGGAAACCUGCUGCAGGUGCUCAGAGCCACGCCCACCUUUUCCAACUUCUUCACAGUGAGUCCGAGACGUCCAUCCACUGAACCAGGAGCAGUUUAAAAAAGAAAACGUGGUGUUUACCUGUCUUCAGGUGGAACCUCUACCAUCACCUCCUCCCCUGUAAAAACACGUUUUUUUUUCUUCAGCAAAUCCUGAAUUACUCUGAGUCAUCUGAGUCCGGGAGUCGGUUUGUGAAGCAUCUCAGUAACCUGACGGUCCAGUCCACAUUGUUUGUCCCCGACAAUGACGGCCUCCCCGACAACCAGACUCUGUCUCAGAGGGACAUUGAGUUCCACCUGUCCGAGGGUCAGGCGCUGCCUCUCAGCCAGCUGAAGAACGGCAGUUGGAUCAGGACCAGAGUCAGUUUGACGAGUCAGUAAAGUUUGAAACAUUCAUGUCUCCUCAGUCGUCUCGUUACAUCAACGACUGCUUCGUCACCAGCUUGGACAUCCUGGCAUCAAACGGGAUCAUACAUGUUCUCCAGGGCCCCCUGAAAGCCCCGCCUCCUCGCCACGAGAUGCACAUGGCGCACAAGGCGGGGAUGGGGGUCGGAGUGGUUCUGCUGAUUGUCCUGGUUGGGGGGGGUCGUCUUCGUCGGCUACCACUUCUACACCCACACCUCCAAACCCUUCCACUUCCACUGCUUCAAGGAGGAGGAGGAGGAGGGGGAGGGGGAAGAGGCUCCACCUGCAGAUGGCGGUCGCAGCAUCUGUAACCCAGUUUACGAAGCAGCUCCAGAAACGCCUGACGUCCC